GCGUUUUUGAAAACAAGUCCUUAAGUUCUUACCCCAUUUCCCUUUCACUCUUCCUCGGACCCAACAACUCAAACAACCACAACAACCACAAACGCGUCAUUUUUCAGAUCCUUCACUGCAUCAUCGUGAUCUUCACUCCCCAAAUCACUAGAUUCAACCUAAGUAAGUAAUAGAUUAAUCAAUCCAAACAAAAAUUCCCACUAAUUUGGUCUCUUCUAUUCCCGAUUUUCUUAUUCUUUUCCACUUUCCCCCAAUUUUAUUGAAAGGUGAUUUUUCUAUUUGCGGUCUUGUCUCAACAACAAGACAGCAUAAAGAUGAGCGAGGUUUUUGAAGGGUACGAGCGCCAGUACUGCGAGCUCUCUGCAAAUCUCUCUCGCAAAUGCAGUUCAACCUCUCAUCUUUCGGAUCAAGAUCAGAAGCAGCAAAGCCUUUCUGAGAUUAAAGUUGGACUAGAUGAUGCCGAUGUGCUGAUACGGAAAAUGGACCUUGAGGCUAGAAGUUUGCAGCCAAGUGUAAAAGCAAAUCUGCUUGCAAAGUUGAGGGAAUAUAAAUCUGAUCUGACGAAGUUAAAAAAAGAAUUUAAGAGGUUAACAUCACCUACUGCUGAUCAGGCUGCCCGUGAAGAUUUGUUGGAGGCUGGAAUGGCUGAUGCACAUGCAGUAUCUGCUGAUCAGAGAGAAAGAUUAACUAUGUCAGUGGAGAGAUUACAUGACUCGAGUGAUAGAAUCAGGGAAAGCCGAAGAACCAUGCUUGAGACUGAAGAACUUGGUGUGUCAAUCCUCCAAGAUCUACACCAGCAGCGGGAGACUCUCUUGAGCUCCCAUAAAAAACUUCAUGGGGUAGAUGAUGCCAUUGACAAGAGUAAGAAGGUCUUAACUACCAUGUCAAGAAGAAUAACUAGAAACAAAUGGGUUGUUGCAUCUCUGAUUGGAGCUCUUGUUUUAGCCAUAGUAAUUAUUCUACUUUACAAAUUAUCUCAUUAGCUAUUAAUAUGCUCAAGUUACGUCUGGAGGGAAGUGAUUCUUCUCUGCUUUCUGUUCUUGGUUGUAAAUAGGAACCCCUACCCUAUUAUCUUUCCAUUUAUUUCUGCAUUGUGACUUCAUGCUAUGCUAUGUUUUCAAUGAUAAUUUGCUUUUAUGCUCUAAAUAGGAACCACCAUCAUACCUUCAUGAAAGUAAUAUUGUUUCAUUAAGAAACUUUCGUGUUUCUUGAAGUAAUAUAUUUUUCCUACUAAUGUAUGUGACUAUUUUUGA